CCUUUCUUAUACAUGCUUCAUAUUAUUACAUCACUGCCUUGCAUUACAGGUGUUCGAUGAAUUGCCUGACCCACUUCAUGUGUAAAAUUAUUAGCUCUAAUUAAUUUUCAAUGGAUAUUGAUUCAAUACUAGUUACCAACUUGCCAUUUAGUUACUUUUCAAUUAUAGAACCAAAAUAUUUGCCCUACAAAAAACUUUGUAGAAUAAGGAGUGAUCUUUAGUUAGAAGGCGUCAACAUUGCUUUCCCAGCAUAGCUAGAUUGAAAGCUCUCAAGUUUUUGAGAUCCUAGACUGCCCUUCUGACUUUGGCUUUCUAGUUGUGCACCAACUGAAACAUGUCAUUCUUUUCUCCUCGCCUCUUUGUCUCCACUAAAGUUGGUUCAUCGUCUAAUAUACAUGACUUUGAAUAAUUUUUUAAUAUUUAUUUACUGUGCAAAAGUAACUAUGAAACGUAAAUUUAAAUAGCAUUGACUGAGAGAACUGAAGGAUUGAAAUUGAAUAGAAGGUUGGUUUUUCUUGUUUAGGUUGCAUUGUUAUGUGGUAAUAAAUUAAUACUGUUUAUAUAAAUUGUUUUCUUAUGAUUAUUUUGGGAUCAUUAAGACUUUAGAGAACUUGAACUAGCUAUUGUGAUAUCUGACUAUCUGUAUUCGUAUUUAGUUAAAGUAUAAUUGUUCUUGCUCUCUCUAAGGUUUGAUCUUUGAGGUUAAUGGUGGAUUGGAAAAAAAAUAUUAUACUCACAGAUAACUUCCCUUCUUUUACUUGCUUUAAAAUUUUAAAUGUUAUUUUGUUGUUUUAUUUUGUGCUGAGUAAUUCCAAAUUCGUGUAUUACUGCAACUCUGCAGGAAUAUUUGUCCCCUAAGAAGACCCACAUUGUUGAUUUAUGCUUAAAUUUGAAUUUGUUGAAUGUUAUCUAUUAUUAUUGCUAUAUUUAACUAUAUCCUAGUUCAGUUUGUGACUAAGAUUUAAACAGAUUAAAUUCAACUGAACCAUGGUUGGGAGUGACCUAGACACCAACAAAGUGGAUGGUUGUGUGACUACUGAUGUCCAACAUAGCUGCUUACGGCAUAUGAUUGAUUCCAUUAUGAGCGAAACAUCAUCAUCUUUUGCAGCAACUUUCAUACAAGGCUCACUCCAGGAAGGAGGAGAAAGGAGGAACACCGAUCUGGAAAUGAGCCUCGCUCAUGAACCCAUGGUAUCAGGCACAAGAGAAUCUGCUGUUCAAAAUAGCUGUGCUGCUUCGGCCAUGGAAUGGAGCAUCCAACUUGAGAAGGGACUCCGUUCUAGUAAGCCAGGCGCACCGGCUCAAGCCAUAUUGCAGCUAGGUCGUCACCUUGAGCAUUGGAGCAGAGAGCUUGAAUCAGACGAAUCUAGCAUUGCUCCCAAUGUUAUAUCUGGCGUAGUGCCAGGUGAAGUUAGGCUAUUUGCCAAUGCCAUCCUCUUGCGCCUUGCUGGAGCCUUUAAGGGAGGUGACAAGGAAAUCAAGGUUUCUGUUGUCAAGGCUUUUUCGAAUGAACGAAGGCAUCGAAAUGGUCAGAAGCACAGGGAGUGUAAGGGAUUGCUGUCAAAGGAAAGAGUAGCUAAUCACUUGGAGUUGUUGAAUCAAGUGAGAUAUGUUUUUCAGAAUGGAGACUCAGAGUCCAAGGAACUUGCUUUAAUUCUUUUGGGUUGCUGGGCUGAAUUCGCCCAUGACAAUGCUCAAAUACGAUACUUGAUACUUUCCAGCCUUGUGUCUCCUGAUCCUCAUGUGGCAAAAGCAGCAUGUUUUGCUGCUGGAUGCUUUUCUGAGAUAUCAGAUGAUUUUGCUUCAAUUACACUGCACAUAGUGUACAAUAUGAUGAGUUUAUCUACGGUGUCUCUGCCAGUGAAGUUGGCUGCAGCACAAGUUGUUCCAAAACUGAGGUCUACAUUUGAAAAUAUAUACAAAGCGUACCAGGCAGGUGUACGGUUCCUAUCAAGUAUUUUAGAUGAAGAUGUUUUGGUAGCUGUGCUAUCCUCACUUACCGAACUGUCUUCCCUUUGUUCACCACUUGCUGAAAUUCAGGUGAACUUUCUUAUUUCAUUUCUGAAGCGGGAAACGACUUUACGUGUGCAAGAAGCGAUCUUAAGAUGCCUCCAAUUUCUAUUCCAGAAAGGACUGUGCCAAUAUCCAGCUGAACAUUUAUCUUCAAUUACACAGCAGUAUAACCAUAACUUCACCUUCAACUAGCCAAUUUGUUCUAUAGUCAUCCUUGCUGAUAAUUACAACUAAUUCAUACCAUAGUGCAGCCCUGCAGCAAAACUCUAGUAUAUUUCUGCCAGGUUUAUGCUUUCUAAUUGUACAAGUGUGUAGUAAUUUUAGUUAAUACUAAUCAUAAGGGAAAUCUUAGCAUGUUUAUAUUGUUAUGAAACCAGUUAUUCUAAAAGUUUAAGCUGAUGGAUAAAGGUACAUAAAUACUUAUAUUUCUAAUAUGUAUUUUCAUGUAAGUCUCUUUUAAGCUUCU